AUCCCGCGCCCUCCAAACGCGUUUCUCAUCUUCCGUUCCGAGCUCUGGAACAAGGAGAAGAUCAAGAGCUCCGUCGAGCGGGACCACCGGCAGAUCAGUCGCAUUGCUGGCAAGUACUGGCAGGAGCUCAGUGAUGCGGAGCGUGCUCCGUAUCACGUCAAGGCCGAAGAGGCGAAGCGUCUACACGCGCUCACGUAUCCCGAUUACAAGUACUCCCCCGUCUACCGCAAAGACAGGGCCACCAAGCGCAAG